UCACAAAAUACAAUUAUUGCGAAAAAACAAAGAAACAACCCUCUCUCUCUCUUUCUCUCUGUGCGUGGUUGUUGCUGGGGUGUCUCUGGCUCUGAUUGCGAAAAAUGAGGUUUCCCUUCUCAUGAUUUCUGGCCAUUCCUCCGUUUACUUGACUCCUGCUUAACAUGCCCUUCUUUUCUCAUGCGGCGUUAGAUCCGAUCUAUUGCUGUGUUUUGGGUGGAUCUGGGCGUUACUGCAAUAACAAGUUAUUGAUUCUUCUGUGCUUCGAGUAUUGAUAUUCUGGGUUGGUACUUUUUUCGGUAUUACUGUUGUUAUUAUGCUGCUUAUAUUCACAUGGGAAUUCAGGCAGUUGCAGUUCUUGGAUUUACCCCAUCAUUUCUUUGGUUCUUCACUUCUUCUACUGCUAUAGGGAAAAUAAUGUUGAAAAUUGAUUCACUUUGCAGCUCUUAGUUCAUAGAUUCCUUGCUCUGACUCUACUCUGCCUUACAUACUUUUUCAAUAGUAACCAAUAAUAUUCUUUAAGGGGACUCCUUAUUGGAGUUGUGUAAUAUAUUCCUGUAUGCUUCGUUUCUGAUACCCAUUAAGUGUUUUUAUGAAUAAUCUUCGUUAGUUGAGGAAAAUUUUGUUUUUCAGUUUUACAGAUCAUCUGUUCUCUUCCUAACAAAAUCAGGCUAUCCUUCCCUGAUUCAUUUCGUUUGAUAUGUAUAAUGGUACAUAUUUUCUAUGUUAGUUUCCUUCCGUUAGGUCCUUCUGAUUUUCCUAUUGUUAGGACUUAGGUGCUUGUUGAUGUAGCUCCCAACUCUUGAUUUGGCAGUAUUAUGUAUAUGCGGGUUACAUGAUACGGAAGUUUUUGGGAGUAGACAUGGCUAAUUCGUCUGAACCAUCAUCCUCUUUGAGCUUUACUUCCUCUUCCCAUUUGUCAAAUGGCUCGAUUAGCCACAGCAUCAACUCCUCUUCAGGCUUUGAGGCAGUGCCAAAUCUUGAAGUGAUCAGUUUAAGCAAGCUCAGUUCCAAUUUGGAGCUGCUCUUGACUGAUUCCACUUUUGAUUACAGCGAUGCUGAUAUAAUUGUUGAGGGCAUGUCUGUUGGUAUUCAUCGAUGUAUUUUAGCUGCUAGGAGUAAGUUCUUCCACGAGUUAUUCACAAAAGAAAAGGGGGUUCUUGGGAAGGAAGGGAAACUGAAGUAUUGUAUGACUGACUUGUUGCCCUAUGGAAAUGUUGGGUACGAGGCAUUCGGGAUUUUCCUCAGCUAUUUGUAUACUGGGAAGCUUAAGCCUUCUCCAAUGGAGGUGUCAACUUGCGUUGAUAACUUCUGCCACCAUGAUGCAUGUAGACCUGCUAUCAAUUUUGCGGUGGAAUUGAUGUAUGCAUCAUCAAUAUUUCAAGUGCCUGAGCUGGUUUCACUUUUCCAGAGACGUCUUCUUAACUUUGUUGGAAAGGCUCUGGUGGAUGAUGUUAUCCCAAUUCUUUUGGUUGCUUUCCAUUGUCAAUCAAGUCAGCUUAGUACUCAGUGUGUUGAUAGAGUAGCAAGAUCAAAUCUUGAUAGCAUCUCCAUCGAGAAAGAGCUUCCUUAUGAAAUUGCGGAGGAAAUCAAACUGAUUCGCCGCAACUCUGUAUCUGAAGAACAAAAAACCAAAGCUGUUGACCCCUUGCAUGAAAAGAGAAUUAGGAGAAUACAGAAGGCGUUAGACUCUGAUGACGUUGAACUUGUAAAGCUCCUUCUUACUGAGUCUGAUGUAACUCUAGAUGAUGCUAAUGCUCUCCAUUAUGCUGCUGCAUACUGUGACCCCAAAGUUGUGACGGAGGUGCUCAGCCUGGGUUUGGCUGAUGUCAACCUUCGCAAUUCUCGAGGUUAUACAGUUCUCCAUGUUUCUGCUAUGCGUAGAGAGCCAUCAGUGAUUGUGUCCCUUUUGAACAAAGGGGCUUCUGCUUUAGAAUCAACAUCAGAUGGACAAAGUGCUGUUAGCAUUUGCCGAAGGUUAACAAGGCCAAAAGAUUAUCAUGCAAAAACAGAGCAGGGUCAGGAAGCAAAUAAAGACAGGCUAUGUAUUGAUGUUUUAGAGAGAGAAAUCCGAAGAAAUCCAUUGGCUGGGGCUGUAACUGUCGAUUCCCAAAUAGUGACUGAGGAUCUGCACAUGAAGCUUCUUUACCUAGAAAAUAGAGUGGCAUUUGCACGAUUAUUUUUCCCUGCUGAAGCCAAGGUGGCAAUGGACAUUGCAAAUGCUGAGACAACCUCUGAUUUAGCCGGUCUUCCUUCAUCAAAAGGUUCAAGAGGGGAGUUAAGGGAGGUUGACCUAAAUGAGACCCCCAUAAUGUGCAACAAAAGACUUAUAACUCGCUUGCAAGCCCUUGUGAAAACAGUGGAGACGGGUCGGCGCUAUUUCCCUAAUUGCUCAGAGGUGCUUGAUAAGUUCAUGGAGGAUGACCUUCCUGACUUGUUUUACCUGGAAAAGGGCACCACAGAUGAGCAGCGCAUCAAGAGGUCACGCUUCAUGGAGCUUAAGGAUGAUGUUCAAAAGGCUUUUGAUAAGGACAAGGCUGAGAUUAGACGCACUGGGUUGUCGCCCUCCUCGUCAUCUUCUUCUUUAAAAAAUGGUCUCAGCAACAAGUUUCGAAAAUUGUGAAGUUGUGUAAACUAUGUCUAAGCCUGACAUUUAGUGCAAAUUUUUGGUGUAGAAUUCCUCUUUGGCAGUCCCUGGCUGCUCUGCUAGUCUGCUCUCCUAGACAACUUUACUGCAGACGGAAGUUAAUUUGUAUACUAUGUGGAAGUGCUUGCUCUUAAUGUUUUGAGAAUUAUAGGAUAUCAAAUGAUGGCUAUAAAGGACAUUGACAAUGUCAAGUUGCAACUUGUUCACUCACA